ACAGACUGUUUUGCUGCAGUGAACGGUAGCCGUGGAGAGAGGAAAAGGCAAGAAAAACAAGAAGACAGCGGAGGGCGGAACAAGAACCAAGACAGACAGAUCCAUUGGGACCUUAGCGUGAGCGCCAGCAGGCAUAGACGGGUCCAACACUCCAGAACCGACGGAGCCGACGGGCAUCACGAGGAGCGCUUAUAACGUCAGCGCUUCGCAGAGCUUCUCCACUUCUCCGGGCCCCGAGAGGACUGUUGGCUUUAACGCGCUGGACGGAUGAGCGGGAUGCGCGCGCGUCAGAGUAUGACAUUCCCAGCAUUCCAGCGGGCCGCUCUCAGGGCGCUCGCGGCCUUGACGAUGCUUCUCGCGACCUCCGUUCGGAGCAACUUCGUUUUCGAUGAUGACCCCUUCCAGCCAGUGACCCAAGAUGAGACGGUGGCAGUGGGUGGGGUGGUGACCCUGACCUGCAGUGUGAAGGAAAAUGAUAACUCCUCUCUCCAGUGGUCCAACACGGCUCAGCAGACCCUGUACUUUGGAGAAAAGAGAGCACUGAGAGAUAACCGUAUCCAGUUGGUAAAGUCCACGGCCACAGAGCUGAUAAUCACCAUUGCCGACGUUCAGCUGUCAGAUGAUGGAGAGUACACCUGUUCAAUUUUCACCAUGCCUGUACGGACUGCACGAGCCACAGUUACUGUACUGGGUGUUCCAGGUAAGCCGGUGAUAACAGGUUUUGAUGAUGCUGUUGAGGAGGGUGGCAAGGUUACUCUCACCUGCACGAGUUCAGGCAGCAAACCUCCUGCUAAACUACACUGGUACCGCGAUCAAGAGGAGAUACAAGGGCGUCCUGAUGUUGUGGAGUCCAACCCUGAUGAACCGACCUACACAGUAACCAGCGAGCUCACCCUCACUGUCACCAGAAAUGAUAACAAUGCUCUCAUCGCUUGUGCGGUGGAUCACCCGUCCAUUGCCAAUGGAGACAAGAGGACAGAGCAGCCCCUCAGCGUCUUGUUUUCUCCAAGCGUAUCAAUUCAGCCAGAGAGUGACCUGCCCAGAGAAGGAGAGAAGUUUUUCCUGCAGUGUGUGGGGAACGGAAAUCCAGAGCCGACUGCGUUUGUGUGGCGGAGAAAAGACGCAGAGCUCCCCCCACUGGCAAAGGUGGAUGGUGCAUUCCUGCGCUUCGAAUCCCUCAACAAGUCGGAUAAUGGUGUUUAUGAGUGCCAGGCUGAUAACGGGAUCGGCAUGGGGGACAUAGCACACACCCUUCUGGUACAAGACCAGGAAGAUUCAGACCUCUUUAUUCUCACCUCUACUCUCCCUUCAUCCUCUGCUUUUCCCACUUUUUCUCCUGAAACUUCAGUUUCAACAUCUACUGAAGACGAAACUCUUCCUCCAUUCUCAUCUUCGUCGUCUUCCACUACCUUUUCCACAUCCACUCUUACCUUCUCUUCCACUCUCCCUCCUUUCACUUCUGCUCCUUCCACUCUCCCUCCCUCUCCUGAAGUUCCCACAACCUCUCUUUCCAACGCUCUCUUCCCUGAUCUCACUCUUCUGCCCUCCUCCGUUCCUGCUCGCACCCCUCCCUCACCCCCUCCUCCUCCUCCUCCUCCUCCUCCUCCUCCUCCUGCCACUCCAUCAUCUGUUCCUCGGCUGAAUGGAGUGCACUCCUUUACAGAAGCCGGAGUAAACGCUGCAGACCCUACAGCGAUGUCCACCUCUUCAGGAGUAGACCAUGCUGUGAUUGGUGGAGUGGUUGCUGUCAUUGUCUUCAUCAUGCUUUGUCUCCUCAUCGUCCUCGGCAGAUACCUCAUCAGACACAAAGGUACGUACCUGACUCAUGAAGCGAAAGGUUCCGACGAUGCUCCUGAUGCAGACACGGCCAUCAUUAACGCUGAGGGUGGCCACUCUGGGGUGGAUGACAAGAAAGAGUACUUCAUCUAGAGAUCCAUCCCUCCGCUCCCUCUUCCUUCACACGCUUCAGUUCACUCAGCCUGACGGGGAAAAACGGGGAUGGCAGAGAGAGAGGAAAUACGUGAAGAAAAAAAACCAAGUGUUGACCUGUUCGAACUGAAGGACCUCAAAUAAGCUUCGACACACAGGACAGGGAAGUGAGAGUUACGCACUGGCGCGUGGGCUCAUUUUCACACACACACACACACACACACACACAUACUAUUUCUCCAUUAUCAUAAUGACACACGAUGAGACAUAAACAAUAAAAAGAGGCAAUAUGACAGUGACCACACUUUCCUCGUCUCCCAUGAUUCCUUUCAAACGGUCCAGAUGUACUCUGGCACAUGUUGCACAGUGACAUGUGCAUGCAUGAACUUUCAGGACACACGGUCUGCUCCCAAAAUCAUCGAAAGACACAGACUCAUAACAGGCACGCAUGCAAACACACACCGAACAUAAAGUGUCUUAAAUUCUUAAAAUUGAAUUUAAACCAUGCAACCCUGCAAUAUCACUGACAGAUACACACACACACACACACUCAUAUACAUCACCUCAGUGUUACACUAUCAUACACACACACACACACACACACACACACACACACACACAGAGAAUAACCAGGCAAAAACAGCAGCCCCUGCAACCAUUAUGUGGGACCCCCGAUAUAAAUUUAUAAAUGCAUAUAUAUAUAUAUAUAUAUGAUUAUAUAGCAUCAUUUUUACUCAGUGUGCUGUAAAUAUAUCCUCCAUCUCUCUAUCUCUCUCUCUAACCUCACUGUCUGAUAUUGCAGUAUAUACUCUCUGAGCCUGCCUGGUUUUCUUACAUGCGUGGAAAUGCCGAGUUGAUAAAAACAAAAAAAAAAUAUCUGGACUAUGGAAAAAAAAAAACAUGGUGUUAUGAAAACUUCAGUAAUAUUUGUAUGAAUUCCGUUCUCUUUGAGUUUGAUUUCUGGUGUUUACUGUUGGUGCAACAGUCUAGUGUCAUUUCAUCAACCUGGGAAGAUUAUUAUUAUUAUUAUUACUAUUAUUAUUAUUAUGAGGUCCUUAAUCUAAAUGCAUUACAUUGUGCACUGAUGUGUCAUUGUGUCAGGCCCAGUGAUUCGCUCACUCACGCCACCUUCAGGAAUGAAUCUUCUCUGUUCUUCAGUGGCGGGACUCUCAGAAAAAGCAGGGUAACACAAACUACUGCUCUCUUUCUCUUACUGAUCAUAUUCUCACUUUCUUCCAAACCUCUUUCUAGUCUGUUCUUCCCCUUCCCCAACAGUCAUAAAGCUAGAUUAUUUCUAGACACCAUCAUUGUAACCACAGACCAUGGUGACAUUUAAGGGAGUUUGGGGGUUUAGUCGGUUGCGUCAUGCAAUAAACUGAGGCGAUUCUAUUUAAUAAGAAAAAACAAUUGAUUAAAUCUGGUUUAUUAAAAGUGAUGUGUGUAAAUUUUAGCAUGCUAAAAUCCUUACUUCUAUCUAAUCUUAAUGUGAAUAGACUGUAAAUAAGCCAUUUGUAGGUUGAUUCCCUGUGGCACGAUCAAAACACUGCUCUGUUUUUUGAGCAUCCCAACCUCCUAACAUAUAUCUUUGGCUCAACCAAUGGUAUGCAGUCUGAUUCAGUUUGGUGGCUCAGAAAUUACACACUUUACUUUUAAUAUGUUGUGCUUAAAUUUGUUAUUGAGGAAUACUGCUUCGCUAUGUAUCCAGCUGAUUUUUUCCCUAAUCCAUGCACAUCUGGUAACCCAUAUAAUUACAGAAAGUGGCCAGUUGUCAUUUCUAUUUCACGUAUUCCUUUUCAGUAGCUAUUUACCUAGAGGAGAAGGUUGGAACUGUGACUUAGGUGUUGAGUUAUAGUGCUAAUGCAAGCAACGCAUGUAUGAAUCUGGCCAUUUUUCAAUUGUAUUACCCCAGACCCAUCCAAACAGAUAUUGUCUUUAAAUGGGCGAAAAUCGAACAUUUGAAGAUUAAGUUCUCUGAACUUGCAAAACUGGGAAAAAGAGGCAAGUGUUGUUAUUUAUUGGAAAACUAAGAUGAAGCGUUAAACCGAAAAAUAAACAUCAUAAUUCUGAAUAAAACAUGCGUUUUAAAUUUUCAGUUGAAUUCAGUUGACCUUUAUUUGUCUACCGCUUUUCACAGUGGAAGUCAUUUCAAAGCAGCUUUGCAAGAAAUGCACGUUUCAAUGAUACAAUGUCAUUUGGCCCCAAUAAAAGGGACUCUUAAAUCACAUCUGCCACGUAUAUGGAAGUUUAGGCGUGUUUUUGUUCACGUGGGAUGACAGGGUCAUUCGUUUAAUGCGUAUGUAGGUCACAACUAAGUGGCAACUGACCGAUUACAACCAAAAGCCGUCCUCUACCUUCAGACUCCCUCCACAUACCUCAUUAAUGCCAGCAGACAAUGAGUUUGUGAGAUAAGCAGUUACAAUCGACUGCCACAAGAUGGCGAUAAUGCAUUUCACUUCCCACCCAUGUCUCUCUCUCUCUCUCUUUCUCUCUCCUGUACAAGCAGUAGAACUUCCAGUUAGCUAUCAAUCAAUUCAGUGCUUCAUUUUAAAUGAUGUUGUUUACUUUUAUUUUGCUGUAGAUGUGCAUACUGUUGUUUGUAAUUUUAUGUUCCUUUUUUAUCAUUUUUAUGACGACUAAAUGUCUUAGAUUGAAAGGUGUAGAUUAUAGUUUCCAUGACUUUUGUUUUGUUUGAUAAUCUGCCAUUUUUUAUGAUUUGAUGUGAUUAGUGUUGCCUUGAACAGUCUACACACUCAAGUGAACACAGACAUUUAUUGCGCGUGUCUGUGUUUACGUGCGUGGAAGAUUUUCACACUGGCCCACCAAACAGAUGCAGGAAACACUAAAAGUAUUAUUACAUUCUGUUAAUGGAGUUAUGUUAGAUUUUUUUUUUUUUUGAAUGAUAAGUCUUCCUUUUGAAUAAAUAUUCAUAUCAUGUGGAGCUAUUCUGUCAUGUAUGUUGAUUUGUAUUAUGGCCGAUGAUGUCAUCUGAACGGGACUGAACUCUGAGAUCAUCAUCAUUGUGGGUUCUGUUUGUUUGAUGGUCUGUUUAGACAGUAUUUGCUUUUUGUUACAAAAACAGAUCCCUUGUUAACUUCAAAAUAAAUAUACAU